AUGCCUGGCCUAUUCUCCCGGAUAAGGGGCAAGGAUGGGAAGCCUAAAUCCAAAAAGAACGGCUAUGCUGAAUCAACCCCUCAAUUGACCACCAAGCCGCGCUGGGAAGAUGCCUACGCGCGCACAUCGGUUGAGCCCGAGGAGGUGCAGGAUCUGGUCAACCGAUGCACCGUCGAACUCAAAGCACGAGGUCUCGAUCUUCCGUUUCUUCUCCUCCCUUUUCGUCCGACGUCAAAUCCCAGCGCUGUGCGCACUUUCAUCCGCCAUUUCUUCAAUGAAGCCCAUGGAAUGCAUGGCGGUGUCCUCGACCAGGAGCUGCGCAUGACGGAGCCCAUGGUCAUAUCAGAUGUCCUCAAGUGGUGCUGGAGUAGAAUCUCCGGUGGUCUCGUUGGUUGGGACGCCUAUGAGUUGUUCAAGGUCGGAGAACAAGACUCAAAUAUGGCCCGGGAUGCAUUCUCGACCUUUAUACCUCUGAGCGUCGAAAAUGAUGCCCGUUCCAAGAUUGUCUUCGAUUACUUCGACCUGCUGUCUGCUAUUGCGGCACACGGAAAGGCGAAUGGUUUUGGUGGUCGCAAGCUUUCGCGAAUGGCUGCCUGGUGGGCUUUCGAACACAAGGAUACCGGUGAUGGAUUUGAAGGCGGUUACAAAACCUGGUCACGCGCCGCCGAUGCCACCAGUCAUCUAUUCUUCGCAUAUCUCCGAUCACUAUCUCCCGAGCAGCCCAGAAGCGCCGCUAUCUCCCUACUACCCAUGUCCUUGCAGAAGCUCCUACAGGACACCGAAUACCCUCCGCAGACGCCCACCCUCAUGCUUUCGUCGACUUAUAGAGUCGUCAUGAUUGUGGAAACCGUUUCACCAACGCCAUUUGCUCUGCUACGCCGUGCAAGCCAUUUCCAGUAUCGCCAAGACGACAAGACUCUGCAAGAAUUUUCCGAGUACGAAGACCCCGUCACUGCUCUGACUGAAGAGUGCCGUAGAGUUCUUAAGGCUAUCUCGCUGGCCAAUCAGUCUCAGGUAUCCAGUGCGAAGCAUUCCACCAGCUUGCGCGAUGCGUCGUGGUCGCGAUUUGAAGAUAUCGGAUUUAGUGCUACCUUGGAAGAGGCUGAAGAAGACGAAGAUUACGUCAAGGUUGAUCUGCCACAUGCCCAUGGCUUGCGUACAACUCCUGCAUCCGGUGUCAACCUAGGAAGGCCGACAACUCCCUCGUGGGCCGAUUUCUUGUCGUCCGGCUUCGUGGACGACUCAGCACCCUCCGGCAUGUUAUUACCGCCAGAUAAGGUUCUGCCACCUAUCGAGACAAACAUUCGACAGCGAAGCUCACAAUCUCACCGGCCUAGACUCGAGUCUCAUCAACCACUGGAGCCAGGCGAGCUCGCCAGUAUUACGCGAUUUGACCUUGACGAAGCCUUUUGGUGGGUAUGGAUGAGUAGUUUGGCCCCGGAGGAGACAGCGGCACGAAAAUCAGCUUUCGGUAGAUGCGCAGUAGUCGAGACUGCCAUUCGUUCAGGGAAAUGGCUCGUCAUGGAAGAAAUGGUCAAGGGAGCUGCGCCUGAGCCUGAUGAGGGCGCCUACAUCGCGGAAAAGAAAGGCUUCUUCAGCUGGACGAGACGUGGUAGAGGAGGAGUGUCGCGCAGCAAGUCCACAAGUAAAGGUGCUUUUGAUCGACGCGACAAACUUAACCCGAGCAAUGCCGGGAGCCUCACUAGCAAAACGAGCAUUGGAACAGACCAGCAGGCCAGGAUUCAGGCCGCAGCACGGCAACUCAGUGCGCAGCAACAACAGCAGAGACAGGCAGCUUUACCGCAAAGACGGGGGAGGACCGAUGCAGACGCUGCUGCAGAGAAGACUCAAAGCAUUCUCACUCUGCAGCCAGUGAUCAUGAAGGAGGCUUCUCCAGCCAUGAAGUGGGCUAACAAGUAUGAUAAAGACACCAUCCGGGAAGCCUACCUCGGCGAUAUUACUGCGGGACGUGGCACUGGACAUUUUAAUGGAACCAGCGAAACCUACGGCAGCAUGACAAAUGGAGGCGGCCAGGCACCUGGGGUUCCUGACAAGUCGGCGUCACUGCCGCCCUCCCGGGUACAGUCACCCACGCCCGCCCCAGAUGAGGGACCGGCCGUUCCGCGGAAGAACCUUGAAGACAUCCAUCCAGCCGAGCGUCCUGGCGCAGCUGGCCGUAACUCACCAUUGCCUCCCCUGCCUCGCGGCGAAGAGGAAGAUUUGGAGGCAGCUCGCCAGACAAUGGCCUCCCCUGAACCUGGCAGCGUCAGUCCUGACCAGAAGAAACACAAGAAGCUUCACAAGGAAGAGAAAAAGACGGGCACCAGCUUCCGAAAGUUAUUUGGGCGCCACAGGAGGCAGUCUAAGCUUCCUGAGAAUGCUGCAAAUGAGGUGAACAACUUCCUAGCCACCCAGGCGGCUGAGACAGCCGAGUCUAGCCGUGCACAAUCUCCGAUACCUGAGACAAACCGUCCUCAGCCAAUUGCACAGACACAGACACCUACAGUUCCUACAGAAGAUGAGAAGACUCCCACCCAGCUUUCCGCUCCCGUGAAUGCACGUGAACCCACUUAUGAACCCUCUGCUGAAGAUCAACUUUCACGAGUCGAUACAGCAGAUGCCAAUGAAGCCCACAACGAAUUUUCACGGUUCGACCAGGGCCCAUUGACGGACCAGCCGGCAUUUGCACCUCCUGAUGAUGACAGCGAGGAUGAGGCCGUGCCCCCUCCCAUCGCGCGCCACGGAAGCUCUCCUGUGGAGGACUAUGAAGGAGAGGGAGAUGCAGCACCCUCACCAGUUAUUGCAACCCAGGAUCGGUGGGCAGCCAUUCGAAGAAAUGCUGCCGAACGGGCUGCUGCGCGCCAGAGUGAAGAGCAAAGCCGCGGUGGAUAUAGCAAGACGACAGAUGGCGACGAUGAAACCAGCGGCGAAGAGACUAUCGAAUCCCGUGUAGCCCGUAUCAAGGCCCGUGUUGCUGAGUUGACGGGUAACAUGGAAGGCACCGGUGCCCCAGGAACACCACCGACAGCAACCCGCCGCUAG